GGGCGAUACUGUUGAGGAGGCACUCCUUCUCCUUUAUCUCCAGCUCCACUUCUCCCACACACAGGGCAAAUACAGGAGCAGCUUAAAUAAACAUAGACACCAACCCCGAUGGCUGACAUGAAUGCUACACAGACUCCUGAGGCGAACCAACACAGUUCUUGGCAGGAGGCAGCCAAAGGAGUGGAAAUCACAGUGACCGUGCUCAUCUUCGUGGUGGGUGUAUCUCUGAAUGGGCUGGUGGUCUGGGUUCUUGGACUGCGGCGUAAUCGUCACCUGGUCCGCAGAGGCAGCGGCGAGGAGACACGAGCUGCCAGCAGUUUCCGUGUCUAUGUGCUGAACCUGGCCCUGGCGGACCUGGUCCUCCUCCUCCGUACUCCUCUCAUGCUGGGCUACCUGGCUCACAAUAGGAGCUGGCCUUUUGGUGUAGUCCUCUGCCAUGUGAUCGUGUUCCUGCGGGGUCUAGGCUUGUACGCCUCGGCCUUCCUGCUCUGCGCCGUGUCCCUGGAGAGAUGCCUGUGUCUGCUGAGGCCUGUGUGGGCUCGGCUGCGUCGCCCCCAUUGGGCUGUUCCUCUGGCCUGUGGUAUCCUAUGGGUGGUAGCCAUCAUCCUGUCUACACCUUACCUCUUCAGUGCAGGCCUGGUACAAAAGAAUGGGACCAACCAGUGCAUGGAGAGUGAGGGGUUUUACAUGGCCCUGUUUGUGACCGAGACUGUAGCAGGUUUAAUUUUGCCUCUACUCAUGUUCUUGGGAAGUAACCUGGCUGUUCUACUCAGCAUUCAACAAGCAGUACCUCCAACACCUACGUCGUCCACCCCUUCAAAUGCUCGUAGGAUGACCAGGAUGUACCAUGUGCUCUUCUUCACCAUGCUCUUCUUCCUCACCUGCUGGGUACCCUACUUCGUUUGUCGGUUCCUGCGGGCCUUGGCUGUGAGUCGGCCUGAGCGGGCUGCCCUCUAUAAGGGGGCAGCAAAAGGCACAUAUAUAGCCCUGUACCUGGUCUACAUCAAGAGUGCUCUUAACCCUGUGCUGUAUGUGUUUGCUGCCCGAGGCUUAAGCCGGGCCAUCCGACUUUCACUUGUCUCCACGAUUGAAAAGCUUUUCAAUGAUGACUCCACAGAGUCCCUACGUAGGAAGUCACUGAAGAACUCACAGAUGUAAAAACUCUUCAGUGUAUUUGUAGCAUAAAACCAUCAGUGCCUUUUUAAGGUUUCUGUAUGUUCCAACAAGUUAAAAUUCCAGACUUUUUGAGACCACUAUGAAAACUAUUUGAUCUGUGUUACAUCCCACUAUGCCAGGACAUUGGUGGCGCUCCCAGUGUGAGUGAAGAACCACACUGCAGAUCAACCUGACUUCCCAUGCAUCUCAAAAGUCUUUAUAUCCAUAAUUCCUGAGUUGAGUCAUUUCUAGCAGAAAAUGCAGCUGACUCCAAGUUCAGUAUUCCCAACAGGCUUGCAAAAAGCAAUAAAUCAAAUUGUUAAAAGCCUAAAAUUCACAGAAAUUUUGGACUAUUUAUGAGCCCACAAUGUAGAACAUCUUAAAUAUAAUUUUAAAUGACUGUUUGCACAGACAUUCAUCUACUUUCUGAAGCACUUAGUGCAUAUGAGGGUCAAAGGGGUGCCACAGCCUGUCCUGGCUACCAAUGGGUGAAGGUGGAAUACACCCUGGACAAGUCGCCAGUUCAUCAUAGACAAACAACCAUUCACUCCGAUGCACAAUUGUAAAGUGACCAUUUCGCCUAGUAAAUGGGUAAAUUUCACACAGAAAGGCCUAUGCUGACUGACACUGAAACUGAACGCAAAUCCUUCCUGUGAGGCAGUAGUGCCAACCACUGCACCACCUAUUUGCACAAACAUACAGUCUGUACAGUAAAAGGUGUUCUAAGUAAAGCGAAGCAAAAGGAUUCAAACCAGCACUGGGUCUUAAAAACAACAGUAAAACAGAGAAGAAAUUCUGUGAUCUUGCCCUCUGUAGAUGAGCUGGAUAAAUGGUUUGAACAAAUAAGGGGUCAUAGUUGGACCACAUGCUUUUCACACCUACAGACCUCAUCCUUCCUUCGGAGGUACUUGAAAAGCUUAACAACAGGAACCUAUUUAAUCACCAACUACAGAGAAAAAAAAAUGUGAUGAACAAUUUGCUUUGGCUGAUCUCCUAAAAAUAAACAAACUUAAUGAAUAAAUAGCCAGAUGUAUUCAGAUAGGUGGACGUGUUGUUCAGGAAGGAGACAUACGACUCAUUCAAGUGAAACCAAAGGCAACAGCAUGUUUUUAUACUGUGACUUACAAAGUGAUGGUGUCAUCAGAUAAAGUUGACGGACUUCAAGAAUACUGUUUCUGUUGCAGCAUGCCAAAAGCAGUGUCAUAACUGGGUGUAAAAAUUCAUUCAUGACUCAUCUUGCCUCUUGGAUACAGCGGUGGAAACAGCCUCGAGGCCUAAGUGAACACAGCAUCAGUUUCCUGGCUUCAAGGAAAUAUCAAAUCAUGAAGAUCUCCUCAAUAUACACGACAUACCUGCACGAUGAAGCAUGUCUCCAUGAGGUCCAAGGACGUAGACACUGAAUCGACUUUAACAUCUGCUGUGACUCAGAUUCAGUCAGUGUCUACAUGUCACAGGUUGUACCCAAAAAACUCCACAGUGGACAUCUACGAGGACUGAAGACAAACAUCCCGUUAACAUAUUACCCAUGUUAACAUAUCGUUUGCUUCAUAGCAUAAUUGACUAAGUCGUACACUAUAUGGACAAAAGUACUGGGACACAUUGAACUCAGGUGUUUCUCUUCUAGCAGGGGUCUAGGCAACAAAACAAUAACAACAAAUGACAAUAUAAUUUUAUAUUGUGAUACAUAUAUUGAUUAUUAAUAUUGAUGUUUAUAUCUCAAAUUAACAUGAACAGGACAUCUUACAGCUGUAGCCAUGAUG